GAGCGAGCUAUGUACUCGGCAUAAUUGGCUACCUUGGAGCCAGAACAGCUCCUUGCAACCGUAUGGGGACGAACCAUCCCCACAUUCACUUUGCAUGAGCAAUGACACAAAGUUGGGAACGCAUGGAGCGACUUGCAUUGCACAAGAAAUAUCCAUCCCCACAAAGGAACCACAAAAAGAGACAAAUCCAGAUCCGCUGAACCACACAGAUGUCCACCGAGGAUCGGGUUGCGUGUCUAAGUAAGUGGGAUUGUAGAGAGUAUACUACGUGGAGAAUACCACUAUUGAAAUUGGACCUAUACUUGGAAAGUUAAAAUUCGCUACUAGUAAUCUAGCUAUCGUAGUCUAGAGCACAACCAAUGUUCAAUCAAAUUGUACUUGUAGCUAUCUAGCUAGCUAGCAUGUAGUAAUAUAAUUCAUUUCCUUGCUACUCACUUGAAAAAGGCUACAAUAUCUCCAAGCUUGGCCAUCCCCAUGACGGCCGUAAAGACUGCCAACCACAAUACCACACCAUGGAGCUUCUCUGCAAGAGACAGUGUGCGCCAGUCGAGUCCAGGCGAAAAUUCAAGUUCAGGCCCCAUCCUUACUGGAGUUCUCAAAAGAUUCUCAUAUCUUGCGUCACUGAUUGCAUGGUGUCAGUCUCAUUGGCGUUGCGUCAUUUCUCUACAUUUGGAUCUUUGAUGAGAAUCGAAGACUGAGUUGGUUUCUUUGGCAGUCUCAUUUUUUUGCAUUUUUAGUGUUUUUCAGCACCAUGGCGACGGAGAAGCGCGAACUGAAGCAACACGGAGUCAAGGGAGUGUACUACGGUGGAAGCUGGUUGGACAUAGAAGACUGUGACAAGACCUUUUCCAAUCCUACAGAGAAUUGCUCUACUUGCAACCACAAGACUACCUGUCCUCGCAGUCGGAGCCGCAAUGCGUCCUUGGACAAGACGGACUACCUUUACGAUAUUUGCAUCGUGGGAGCUGGCUGCAUUGGUGCUGCUGUUGCCAGGGAAUUGAGCAAGUAUCAAGUCAGCGUACUUUGGGUAGAAGCUGCAGAUGAUGUAUCCCAAGGCGCCACCAAAGGAAACUCUGGAAUUGUGCAUGCAGGUUAUGACGACAAACCCGGAAGCAACCACGCAAAAUUCUGUUGGCCCGGAAACCAAAUGUUUCCCGCCUUGGAUAAGGAGUUGAGAUUCGGGUACCAACUCAAUGGAUCACUCGUAUUGGCAUACAGUGAAGAGGACAAGAAGCAUUUGGAGGAACUCAAACAGCGUGGAGAAACCAACGGGGUCCAGAAUCUACGUAUCAUUGAUCAGAAAGAGUUGCGAGAGCGAGAACCAUACGUCAAUCCAGAAGCUAUCGCUGCCCUCUACUCUCCCGAUGCCGGAAAUGUCAUUCCCUAUGAAUUCACCAUUGCCUUGGCAGAAAACGCCGUCGAUAAUGGUGUCGAGUUGAGAAUUCGUAGACAAGUCAAUGCCAUUGAAAAAACAAACGACAAUUGUCUCAAAAUCACACUCGAUCACUGGGAACCAAAGGAAUACGUCGACACGACGACGCAACAAUCCAAUACCAAUGCCAAACUCAUUCUCAUUUUCAUCUUUCUGGCCAUUGCCGUGCAAAAAAUGUCCACCCAUCCCUUUUUUUACUCGGGACUCAUUGACGAUGUAAACAUGCUGUGGACGGACACCAAAACCUACUACUGCAUCUUUACGGGAAUUGUGUUGCCAGUGAUUGUCUUGUUGGCGCCGCUACCAGGUGGCGGUGCAUCAGCCGUAAAAAAUGUAAUCCAGACGGCCAAUGCCAUUCUCAAUCAGACGAUGGGUGCGGCGGGAAGUGGCACCAACGUUGCGACAGACAGCAUGUUGGUCGGUGGCAGCGGUUCCAAAAACAUUAUGGGUGGUGUCUCGGUCGGACAAGAAAUCAUCACGGCCAAGUAUGUUAUCAAUUGUGCUGGUGGAUUUAGUGACGAGAUUGCCAAAAUGGUCGGCGACGAGUCAUUUCAAAUCAAACCCCGAUUGGGCGAUUACUUGCUGCUCAAUCGCAACCAGGGAUAUCUGGCAUCCCACACGCUCUUUCCUUGUCCCGAUCCCGUUUUGGGGAAGGGUGUCCUGGUUCAAACCACCUUGUGGGGCAAUCUCAUUUUGGGUCCUACUGCUCGAGACAUGUACAAACCAGAAGCACGCGACAUGUCACCGUCAUCCGUCCAGGAAUACAUCUUGUCCAAAUGCAAACGAUUGGUCCCAUCGUUCGACCCCAAGGAAACCUUUCAUGCAUUUGCCGGGGCUCGCGCCAAGAGUUCUCGUGGAGAUUGGAUCAUUGAAGUUUGUCAAACAUGUCCCCAAAUGAUACACGUCGCUGGCAUUGACAGUCCUGGGUUGGCUGGUAGUCCCGCCAUUGCCCUCGAGGUGGUGCGAUUGUUGCAGGAAGAAGCCGGUUUCAAGGACAUGGCCAAGAAUCCCAAUUUUCAACCCAAUCGAGCACCGAUCAUUACUCCCAAGAGUGGUAUGCGCGGUUUGAAAAUGGGACCCAUUGGCAAGAACGAUGUGGCCGAUCCCCAGAGUUUGAGCGAAAGCGAACGGGAAAAGAAAAUGGCGGCCAAUGUGAUUUGCAAAUGCGAAAAGGUGACCGAACUGGAGGUUGUCCGUGCCAUGCAACGUUCUCUCCCCAUUGACUCCUCGCAAGGAAUUCGGAAACGGACCCGUGCCGGUAUGGGGCAUUGCCAAGGCGAUCCCGAGAACUACGGUUGUGAAGCCCGUGUUCGUGCUAUCAUUGCCCGCGAGAAUGGUGUCCCCGUAGAAGAAGUGGGUGGACGUCCUUGGCCUGCGACCAGUACCUUGACGCAACGAUGGAUCGACGAUGGCGAAAAGUCGGAUUUGGAAAAGCGAAUGGAGGGCUAGUACUUAUACUGGUAUUCGUUCGAAGCUUUGGGCCGAUGGCAAUGGCACGCAGUCGAAAGAGAACGUCUUAUACAACGGCUGGGCACAUCUAUGCAAUGUCUGGCCAAUCAAUCAAUCAACCUAGAACAAUCAUCGAAACAAGGACACAAACAUAGCAGCUCCUACAGUCCACAUGACGUUGUAUUAUAGUUAUAGUCGUCCGUUCUUGAAAACAGACUAGCUAGGCACGCAAAGGACUUCGCGGUUGGCAGUGGC